AAAAGUAAAAAAAUAAAAAAAAUAAAAAAAAUAAAAAAACAACUGUCUUCAACCUUCAGUCAGAGAUCAGCAACCAACCUGAAGCCGCAAGGAUAAAAAUUUCGCGACGGAAAAAAUCGCUUGAAAUAGGAAAGGUAAUCUUUCAUCUUUUUCCCCCUUAUUUCAUUGUGGCGAAAAUCCCAAAACCACCAUCCAUCUCUCUCUAUCUUCACCAAAAAUCCAAAACCUCUGCGUCUUCUACUUCUUGCAAUUGGGUCGUUGAUAUUGAGGAAGCCCAGAUCAUGGAACUAUGGUCUUCUGCUUUAUCAAGUUUUAUGCAUAAUGCUUUGUUUCUUCGCUUGCAUUUCGAACUUUUUUUUUUUCCCCCGUACUUUGUUUAAUGGAUUUUUUUUUAUUUUUUUAUUUAUUUUUUGGUUGGGUGUGCGUUUUUAGCAAAGUGAAAGUGAAUAAUUUUAAGCAUGAGUUAUGUAGACUUGAAAAUAAUUGAAUGCCUUAUUUUUGUAUGCGCUAUUUGUGUGUGCUGAUUUAGUUUCUUUUUGUGUAUGCUGAAAAUUCACAUAGAAAUAAAGUGAAGGAAGAUCUUUAAAAAAAAAAAAAAGAAAAAAAGAAAAAGGAAUACAUGGGCCAAUGUGAGUAGUGAACACAUUAUUAAGCAGAAGUAAUGACGACCAAGCCUGCCAAGAUUCAGUAUGUUCAUAUGGUGUAUGACGAAGAAGACAACCAACAUUUUUGCCGUUCCCUGUCUUUCAAUCGUAUCCGAAGCCGCCGAUGGCGCCAAAGCAGCAUGGGCACUGCACUUACAGCCGUGGCGGCUCUCAUUAUCUCCACCAGCGCUUGGCUCUCUCUUGUCUUCUCUGGCACUACCACUCUCUGUUGGUCUCAUCUCAAGCACUGGGAUGGCAGCCUCAGCCUCCAUUCUUCACCUUCCUACCAAAACCACCAGCAGCACCAGCAGAUUUUAGCUGUUUCGCCUCCACUGCAAAACAUAAUCCCUAAAUCUCCUCAUCAUCAUUCUGCUUCCACCACAAAUAAAGAGAUGGAGAUGGAGAAGCUUUCGCUGAGGCACAUCAUUUUUGGCAUUGGUGGAUCCUCGCAGCUCUGGCGAAGGCGUAAAGAAUAUGUGCGGUUGUGGUGGCGUCCAAAUGAGAUGCGAGGCCAUAUCUGGUUAGAUGAGCCAGUGCCUUCCGAGGAUGGUGACGGCUCCUUGCCCCCUGUGAUGGUGUCCGAGGACAUUUCGCGCUUCCGCUACACCAACCCUGUUGGUCACCCUUCAGGACUCAGAAUAUCCCGUAUCAUCACAGAGUGUUUUCGCCUCCGGUUGCCAGAUGUCCGGUGGUUCGUUCUGGCUGAUGAUGACACCAUCUUCAACGUGGAUAACCUUGUUGCUGUUCUUGGCAAGUAUGAUCCGUCCGAGAUGGUUUACAUUGGGAACCCCUCUGAAAGCCAUUCUGCCAAUACCUACUUCAGCCAUUCCAUGGCUUUUGGUGGUGGAGGAAUCGCCAUCAGCCACCCUCUGGCCGAGGCACUAUCGACCAUUCAGGACAACUGCCUUGACAGGUAUCCGAAACUCUACGGGAGUGAUGAUAGACUCCAUGCCUGCAUUACAGAAAUUGGCAUUCCUCUGAGUAGAGAAUCUGGUUUCCACCAGUGGGAUAUUAGGGGUAGCGCGCAUGGAAUUUUAUCCUCUCAUCCUGUUGCACCAUUUUUGUCUAUUCAUCAUGUUGGAGUUGUGGAUCCUUUCUAUCCUGGCUUGAGCUCUUUGGAGAGUUUGCAACUUUUUAUGAAGGCCAUGAGAGUUGAACCCACUGGCUUUUUGCAGCGCUCUAUUUGUUAUGAUCGUGAACACCGCCUUACUUUUCUAGUGUCUCUUGGUUAUGUUGUUCAAGUCUUCCCAAACAUUGUGCUCCCCCGUGAGCUGGAGCGCUCCGAGCAAACUUUCUCAGCUUGGAAUGGUAUAAGUCAAAGGAAUGAGUUUGAUUUCGAUAUCAGAGAUCCUUACAAAUCUAUUUGUAAGAAGCCUAUCCUCUUUUUCUUGAAUACAAUAGGAAGAGUAGGUAAUGCUACAUUGGGUUCAUAUGCUCGUGCUAGAAGAAAAGAUGAUUUGAAGAGGAAAGUUCUAUGCUUUCCCCGUUUGCCUCCCCUGAACAACGUACAGAAAAUUUUGGUGUUGAGCUAUCCAUUGUCCAAGAAAUGGCAUCUGGCACCACGCCGGCUGUGUUGCAAACUGAACCAAACAAGUGAAGAAAUUCCUACCUUAUUAGUAGGACAAUGUUGAUGGUGCUUUUUGUUUCUCCUGGUGAAUUAUGCGAAUAUUUGGGAGGAUGUUGAUGCUUGGGCUGGGUGCUGAGUUUACCAAUUCCGUGUAUUUGAGUGACUCAAGUUAGAUUGUUGGAAUCAUUUAUCUUGUGCUUUUUGUUACCUUAUUGGGUUAGUUGCAUUUAUGGUGGCAUCCAGAUGAUGUGUGAAUACUACGGAGGCAAAAGAAUGCAGUUUCAGGCCUUUUUCUGAAGCAAAUUGUUGGGGUUCAUUUUUACCCCCCAAAAAAAAAAAUUUCUGGGGUUCAUGUAAUCUGGUCUUUAGGAUCCUAGAGACAGUAACAAUUACAAUUCUUUCAUGGGCUAGGUUGCAGUGGAAAUGUUGCUUGCUUGUGGCUGUGAUGCUUCUCAAUAAAAGCAAAAAAACCAAAGGUGGUGGUGAACAUUAUUUCUGGCUAGUGAUUGAAUGGUUAAACUGUUUUAGUACACUAGUUGAGAAAAUGGUUUUGUUGUACAUGACGCUAGGCAAUAUCUAGACAAAGAUCUUUGUGCUUGUGGGUGAUUAUUGAUCAA